AUGAAGGAAAUGCUCGGUGGUUGCUGCGUUUGCGCAGAUGAGAACGGUUGGACCGACAAUCCGCUAAUUUAUUGCGAUGGUCCGAAUUGCGAAGUUGCCGUUCAUCAAGGCUGCUACGGUAUACAAGAAGUGCCGGAAGGCGAAUGGUUUUGCGCGAAAUGCAAUGUUGGCGCGUCGACAUCGACGGCGUACACGAACGGCUCGAAGAGCGGUCACUUUCGAUGCGAAUUGUGCCCGUCGGGCUACGGCGCGCUUAAACGAACCGAGAAGAAGGGAUGGGCGCACGUGAUAUGCGCGUUGUAUAUUCCGGAAGUUCGUUUCGGCGACGUGCACAGCAUGGAGCCGGUGAUAUUGUCGGAUGUGCCGAGUGAGAGGUUUGACAAAUUGUGCUACAUUUGCGAUUCGGCUGGGAAGCGAGGAGACGCGAAACUUGGAGCAUGUAUGUCGUGUAACAAAAGCGGCUGCAAGCGCGGCUUCCAUGUGACGUGCGCCCAACAGAAGGGCCUCCUGUGCGAGGAGGGCGGUAUCAGCAAGAACGUCAAAUAUUGCGGCUAUUGUGAGAACCAUCUACGCAAAGCGCAAAACGAUCCUUUGAUAAAGGUGAUACCAGCGUGCCCGGUGACGCGAUUACCAACCCAACCAUCUCCACCGCCGUCGUCGAACAAUUCAGCGCAUAUGCUUGUUGACACGCUGCCAAGACCGGAUCAAGCGAACAAGGUUCUUGGUCUCGGCACUUCGAACGGAACCGCUGCCGAGGAAGCGACGCGAGCGUUCGGCUCGACGACAACGUUCUCGCCGCCGCUGACAUCGUCGAGUCGAUCGUCGGUGGCGCUCGACACGACGCCGCCGCUAGCGUCGGGCGCGACGGCGGCUGCAUCGGCCGCGUCGAUGGCGUCGACGCAGCCGGCGGCGUCGACGAGCGCCUCGGCGGUGACGAUUAAUGGCAACGGCGCGAUUCAUCAUCAACAGCAGCAGCAUAUGAGCAAUUCGGAGACGAGUGUUGCCGCGCAUUUACAGCAAAUGCAGUAUCAAGCCCAAAAUGCAGCCGCGAAACAAGCCGCUCAAAAUGCUGCACAUCAAUAUGCGCAAAACAUUCUGUCGUCGCAGGAAUCGCAGAACGGUAUCUACCCGUCGCAGAACAAUCACAACAGUUACCUAGCAGCGCUUCAAAAUGAGUAUGCUGGACGUUUGCCGGCUAGCGUUUCGAACAUGCUGGCGGCGAAUAGCGAAUAUCAAAUCAAUGGAGCGUCGGAUCUGGAGGAGAAGACGGUUAAAGCUGUUCUCACGGCGCCACUCGCAUCGGCGAAAGCGAAACGAUUACGCGACGCAAAAGCCGAUCUAUUGGAUAAGGGCCAUAAACGCCCACGGACGAUUAAUCGGCCGUCGACGAUGGCUGGAAGUGCAUCAUCGGGUGCACCUGGCGGCGUUCAGUCGCCGGUCAACAAGUCGACGAGUAUGCAGCGGCUGAUCAGUUUGGUGGCGCCGGUCGUCUCCGAGACGGUGUCCGACUUCCAGCGCGAUCGGAUCGCCGAUCGAACGGCGGCCGAACGACGAGCGGCAGCGGCGAUGACGGCGCCGUCGACGUCGACGACGUCGAUUGAGCUGACGAACGGACAGGCGCUUCUGAAUAGCAUAACGAUGCGAACGCAUUCGGGUCUGCCGACAUCAAUGGAGCAGCUUCUCGAGCGGCAAUGGGAUCAGGGAGCGCAGAUGCUGAUAAAUCAGUCGCAGUUCGACGUCGCCCAACUUCUCAAUUGUCUACAUCAGCUGAAAUCGGAGAAUAUACGACUCGAAGAUCAGCUGUACCAGUUGACGAAGCGUCGAGAACACCUGGUUACGUUGAAUCAGCGGCUGUCGCAGCCGCUGGGCAACGCGACGACGAUGAUAGCAACACCGCAGAAUCACUCGCCGCAGGUGACGACGGCUGUUCGAAUUGGCGACGAGGCGAGUCGUCAUACGAGCCGAACUGUGCCAAUCGUGUCGCUGGUGGCGUCAUCGGCGACGACGACGACGACGACAAGCGUUCAGCCGACAGUGACGAGCACGCCGAACAAUCGUGCGACGCCUUCGACUGCUGGACAGCCGCUGGCGUCGACGCCGAUUAUGUCGUCGACGGCAUCGACCACCGGAAAUAUACAGCAGCAGCCGCAGCAACAGCAAGACUUCUCGAACAUCAGUCCUGAGCGAUUGGCGCAGAUGACCGCGUUGAACAGCAUCUAUCGCAACAAUAUUCUGGAUCCGGCACUUCUCACCCAGAUUAUGCUUAACCAGAGCUACAUCAACAAUCAAACAAGCAAUCUGUCGAAUAACGUGUUCACGCGCAUUCUUCAACAACCGCAAAUGGCCGCCGCCGCAGCGGCGCUCGCCUCGAAUGUGACGUCGGCUGCGGCUCAGCCAGCUCAGCCGGCUGCCGCACCGGCGCCAACGCCAAUUCCAGUCCAACAAGCCACCGCCACUUCUGCCACCACCACUCCAACCGCGAUCGGCAAGUGA